AUGGAAAAGAUCAAGUAUACAACAUUAACAUUGGUUGAGAUAGUAAAACUCAUUCCAUGUAUCGAGAAAGGAGUUAAAAGAAAAAAGGACAUUGCUGCAGAUUUCAAGAUUCCCGCCAACUCUCUGAGUUGCAUCAUCAAGAACAAGCAGAGGAUUUUGGCUGUUCGUGAAAAUUCUUGUUUCCAAUCGGAUCGGAAACGCAUCAAGACAUCUCAUUUUCCAUUGUUGGAAAUAUCGAUGGUGGAAUGGAUGAAAUCUGCUCGGAACAAGAAUAUUCCCUUAUCUGGUCCUAUAGUGCUAGAAAAAGCUGAAUUCUUUGCAGCUCACUUAGGAUACAAAGACUUCAAAGCUACCUCUGGGUGGUUAGAAAAGUUUGAAAAUAGGAAUAGAAUAAUCUAUAGGACAUUAAAUGGCGAAACUGUUUCUGUUUCGGAAGAAGACUACGAGAAGUUUCUCACCGACACUUUGUCUAGCUUGUUAGAAGUUUAUGCAAUAGAAGAUAUCUUUAAUGCAAAUGAAACAGGUCUUUUUUUCAAAUGUUUACCAGAUAAAACUCUGACAUUUAAGGGCGACACUCGUCAUGGUGGUAAAAAAAGCAAAGAUAGUAUUGCUGUCAUGGUCUGCGCUAAUAUAGUAUGUCUGGUAAAGAAGAACUAG